AUGCCCCAACCGCAACCUGUCCCUCACGACCUUACUCUGUGCCGCAACUCAGCCCUACCUAUCCCGCCUCUUAAACCACGCCCCAUGCCCUAUAUUCUCCUAGCACCCAAGCUGACCACAACUAUGCAACCAAUCAUCCACAUCGUCGAACCAUUUGAGGGAGUCGUGUCCCGGGAGAUGCCGAUCGGGAUCGUUGGGCUAGAGAUCUGGACAAAUUGUCAGCGUGAUGCAAUCACCUACAUCAAAGACUAUGGACAAGCCGACAAUACAUUUCACCGGACCAUGACAUUCUACAAAGAAUGGAUCCACAUCCUGCCUGAUGGAGUGGAGUUCGUGUGGGCACACUACGACCGAUGUGCCAACCGCGAGAUGCGUGCAAGCAUCCAACUCAAUCUCAUGGCGACCAUGGUCACCUGGCAAUUGGUGGUGGUCACUCCAUGGGGAAGGUCAGAGUUCCAGUACGAACAGUGUUUCAAUUACGGUACCAGCAGAGGGGGGUACAACUGGCAGUUGGACAAUGGCUCGUUCUAG